AUUUAACCUAACAAAUAUUAUAUAAUCAUACUGUAUAACCCUCUUAGCACUGCAUAUAAGUAUGUACAAAGGACAAUGGCUAAUAACUAAAGACUAGAAAGACAACAGUGGGUGAUGUUUAUUUUUAUUAUUGCAACUCUCAUAAGACCAAGAAGACAUAGUUUUGGAAAGGAGAAAAAUUGAAGCUUGCAAUGUAAUGAAAAUUCGCAGUGCUUUUCCGACAAAUCGUGACUCAUCGUGCUAUAUAUAUAGGGACUAAGCACAAAUUAUAUUAAUGAUAAAUUCUGUGAUAGUGUUGAACUAUAUAUCUUGGUUAUUGGCUGUGUAAUUCUGACCACUGUUGAAUUAACCUAAUGUCGCUGCAGUCAGUUGGAAACUAGAAACAGGCGAGCUCAUCGAAUUUCACACGCAUAGAAAUUACACUGUGAAAACAAAUUACAUUUUACAAACAGGUUACCAUGUACACAGACUCCAAAUUAAGGUUAAAAUCUUCUCUUAAAAAUAAAUUUUUAGCGUCUUUUUAAAAGAAUAUUUCGCUCCACCAAAAUGCAUCUUCCUUCACCAUACAGGAAAUUUCCAAAUAUUAAGAUAAGUAUUUUCACUAUUCCUUUUAUUUUACCGAUUAAAAAAAAAAAAAAAAAUCUGAAGUUUAGAGGAAUUGUGUAUCACAUUAAAAAUUACGUUAAAAAGAAAACUACAAAACCCAUUAAGAACGCUAUGCUGUUGACUUGUGGAGCUGCACCAGAUAUGCCAUGUCUCUGUUUUAUCUGUAACCCAGAUUGUGUGCAAUUAUUAGUUUUUUCUUGUUUUAGCAUUUCGUGCGACCUGCGAGCAGCUGUGGCUGGGAGUGUCAGGGGAGAUAACUCUCAGGCCAGCGUGUAAGUUGUCGUCACUGACGAGACAGACGAUGUCAUCUCGAUGUUUCGGCUCAACUCUUGGAGCAGGCUGUGUUUUAAGAAGGAAAAAAACCGAAGAAAUAGGGUUUACGAUUGUAAUAUUUGAUUUCCACAGAGUUGGUGUGAUGCAGUGCAGCGUCUGCUGCCAGUUAUCGUGGUGAUAGCGAUGCUGACAUGGAGUAACGCAGCCUUGGGUCUCAACUCGCGAUACACCUUCUAUUGCCAGGGCUGCUGAAUGUGCUCCCUUUGUGUGGUAACAGCUGCUACACUACAAUGCUAACGGCCAACAUUGCUGUACCUUCCUGGCCAUUGAGCAAACAUGGUUUCAUUGUGCUAACUAUGCUCUUUGAAGCUGCAUUGUAGUUUUGAUUGCACACCAGUAUGUGAUGAAAAGCAAUAGAAAACUUUGGAAACAACCUUUUCCCCUCUGUAUAUCUAGUAUGCAGAGACUGGAUGUGAAACUUAUUGUAUGUCGACUGGCUCAGCGUUAUAAAUCAACAAUGUUCAUUUACAUGUUUAGGCCAUCGAAAGCAAGUCAUCAGCAAAUGGAGUGCUGAUUUAUACUUAAAGAGAGUUUUUCAUCUUGUGAUGUAGUUUUUUUGUUUUGGUUUAAGAUAAUUGUCAAAAUGAGUAAGUUUAUUGUCAGUCCUGCAAUGUUGAUUGGCGAACCAUCCAAGAUAGAUGAACUAUUUCUGCCCAGCUCCCUUCGUCCAGCUAGCCUGGCACAUGAACUGUGUGAGAAUUUGGCACUGGAAGCUGAAAUGGGUCUUAGCAAACAUGGAUCUGAUCAGCCAACAAGGGAGGAAAUGAAAUUUGAUGACACCACAAGAAUCAUUGUUGAUGCCCUGGUGAAAACGCCAAACGCUACAACACGAUGGUACCAGGCAUCAUUUACAUCAAUAAUCUUCAUUAUAGCAAUUAUUUUGUUUCUUUUCUUUGGACGCAGCUACAUCCAUGCUUUACUAAUGUGGCUGCAAGAAGCAGACUUGGUUGUGGGACUGAUAAUCUUCACACUACUUUUUUGUGUUGUCUCUUUUCCGCUCUUCUGGGGUUACAGCUUACUCCUUUUGGCUGCAGGCUAUCUCUAUGGAUUUAUCCUGGGUCCUUUGGUUUCUCUUGUGUGUUGCGUACUAGGUCUGCUUUGUGCUAAUCUGGCCAUGAGAAACAUUUGUCGGACAUACUUCAUGGAUAAGUUUUAUAGUAGUAAAGUGGAGAGUAUUAUUCAACUGCUUAAUGGAAGCUCAAGGUUCAAGAUUGUGGCACUGUCACGACUAACACCAGUUCCUUUUGGGCUUCAGAAUGCAUUAUUCUCACUGGCGGACAUUGGUCACUUGGAAUAUUUGCUGGCAUCGGCUGUUGGAUUGGCUCCAAUGGCAGCAUUGAACUGCUACAUGGGUUCAACUCUUCGCACAAUGGAAGACAUAAUGACAGAUCAGACAAACCAGUGGACAGGGUAUUUUAUCUUCAUUGGGCAGAUACUGUUUACAGUGAUCCUUUUGUGUUUUGUGGUAAGAAAGGCUCGUGCAGAGCUAAGGAAAACAAUGGAACAAAAUGAAGAGGGAAAAAUUACCUGUGGGGGUGCGAUUGUAUAAAAUGGCUUAUCAGAUUGAAAAAUUUGUUAUUGUCAUGCGAUUUUAUGAUUAUAUUAUAACAGCUUUACUGAAAGCAAAAGUACAUUGCACUGUAAAAACUAUUUAUAGCACUAAUUAAUGCCUGAAUGUCAAAAUUGUAAAAAACAAAACAAAACAAAAAAAAACACAGCUAUAAAUGAAAGUCAGCAUAGCACAUUUUUUUUUUUUUAUUUCGUUAUCACUGUCAGCAUAUUUUUUUCAUGUUAUUGAAAUCAACUUCUUUUCUCAGGGCACCCAAUGAAGCACAGUUUUACUUUAGUUUAUUCCUUGUUACUCCUCGAGGAGCAUAGGGCCGCCAGGGAAACAAAACUCAAAGAGAAUUUCUGAAUCCUACUUAAUUAGCAAAAGUACAUUCUAAGCACAGACAUGUAGACCACAUAUAUAUCACAUCUAUUUUAUCAUAUUAAGAAGGGGCAGAUCAGUGACUUAAAUAAGCUUGACUUUAAUGCAAUAGUAGAUGUAACAUUGAUGAUAACAAUUACAUAAGAGCUGCAGUUCUAACGUCAAAAUUACUUUAGACAUGAAUUCUGGAUUCUGCUCUAUGAUCAUGAACCAUUGAUAUGUAGAGUAAAUUGCACAUAAACAGCAUGAAGAACUCUCUUUGACUUCUUACAAUAAAACCUCCCUGUUAAGACUGGCUAAUAUCUACCACAACUGCAAGACUGUAACUAAUAGGAAAAUCAACUAGUCUUUCAUGACAGUAACCAUGACUUCAGACAUCUAUAAAUUCAAGUUCAUUUAUUUAAAUGUUGAAAUAAAGCUCUUAAAACCACAUAAUAAUGCUUCUCUUAGUCAGUCAUGCUUAUUCUGCCAUUGAUAUGUUUGACUGAAGAUUUAUAUUGGAACGAAAUUUCCAGGUGAGAACAAAUAAAUACAAUUUUACAAUGGUAUAUAAAGAUUCUUUCUUAAAAUACACUAUUUGUAUUUUUGAAAGUGAUUUCUGCAAGAAAAAUCACAAAGCACAAACAGUUGGUCACAAUAAUCUUACUUUUUUUUAUAAACAUGUGACCACUACAAAAGGUCCUUAAUGAAGCACAACUGACUGACAUGCACUGGUAAAGAUACAACAAUGAAGAGGGGCUGAUCAUUUUAAUCAAAAACCAUAUCAUAUAGCCUGAGUCAAGCGAUUCCCAUAACCAUGCUGUCCCAUCUAAGACCACAUUGCCCCAAAGUCAAUUCGGCCCAGGCUAAAUGAAUGCCCAAAUGGUGAAAUCAGUUUUACAUUAACCAAACGUGCAUGUACAAACCUCAAAACUAAAAAAUAAUGACAAAGGUUUUCUGAAAGUUCAGAUAAAAUCACAUUUAUGCAUCAUUGUAAUGUCUGCAAACAAUGAUGAUAAAAGUUGUUUUUGUUUUGUUUUUUUUUUGUGUCAAAAAAAAUGUAAGAGAAAAAUUGCAUUUAUGCACUUUUGUGAGAUUUGUUCUCUGAACCAAACGACCAUUUUGUUUAGUGAGAUGGUCGCUAAAUUAGUAUGAACAACACAUGGCUCUGUUGGUACUAUUUGACACCAAUAGCUGCUUUUGUGAUCAAUUCCUCUUUUGAGCCUGGUGUUUUCGGACCUUUUUGGUGUUGGGACAAUUUUAUAUAUGAGGGACAAUAUGUAGUCAUAGUGGGGCUGAUUGGACUCAGGCAGGUGGUAGAUAUGACUGGAGCAAUGUGGCUUGGGUUAAAAUGACUGGUGACCCAAUGAACAAACAGUCUCUUUCAAAAUGUACACAGUUUAUGUUGCAUUAUCUCUGUGUAAAGUCAGAAAUGAUCAGCCAGAAGGAGUGUGUUUUUAAAAAGUACUUAGUACUCUUCAACACCUGAGUUUGUGAUAGAGUGCAUUUUUUCACUCAUAAAUCAGGUUAUGGAGGUAGUCAUAACAGAGAUAACAUUUAUAUUGAGAAACACAUUUGUGUAAAGUUUUGGGAUUGUAUCUAAGGUGGGGUUUCGAUAGGGAAGGUCUUAAUGAUGAAGUUUUACUGCAUGUGUUUAUACUGAAAACCUAGCAAGUGUUAUGUGAACAUCAGAUAUAACUCCUCUUGUACCAUUUGACCAUUUGGAAAGCACUUGACAGUUAAUGAGUGCUUUCAUGGUCUGCUCAUUCUUUACAUUUCUGAAAUAUUUUAUACAUUUAGUUUAUUAGCUUAUAGCCUAUAAAAGGACCUUGUCUGUUGUCACUAAAACUGUAAUUAUGUACUCUGGAGGAUGAAAAGUGAAAAUUGUCCAAUGGAAUCAAAUUGCAUCCCUAGCAAAGGACAGCUCUAACUCUAGAAUGAAGUAGCAGUGCUUUUCUUCACUGAAGCAGGAUAUCUUACUGUGUGUUGAUUACUGGUGCAAAGCACAUUCUUUCUACAGAUUAUUUCAUAAAUGGCUGCACCGAAGAUGCUGUAAUUUACCGAUGCAUAUAUUUUCCCGCUUUCUGUUAGAACAGAAUUACCAUUCUUUAAAAAUGGUCUUUAAAAAUCUGACUGCAUUUUAGUAACCUGAUGUAAAGGUGUGUGCAUUGAGUAUAUUAUUGGAGGCAAUUGAUGAAUUGUUUUAAUUGACUAUUGUGAGUAGUCAUAAUGUAUCAACAGUAUUAAGCAAGGUGUUCAUUUUGAAAUACAAAAUUCCUGGGGAUGGUUUUGUUUAUCUGCUGUUAAUGUGUGAAAUACUUAGUUUGUGUUGGUCACUGUGACACAUCAUGUUCUGGGCUGCUUCACAGGAGUCACAGCUAUGAGAUUGCCUGGUGUGGCUGACUGAACUACCAGGAUCACAAGAUAUGUUGUAGCUGGAUCACAUCCAUCUUUGUCAGGAUCACUAUGUUAUCGUAAUUUAUUGGUUGGCAAAAGUCAGAAGCGCCAGCUAGCUUUUCAUUUCACCUUGGGUUUGUUGGUCAAUUUACUGUUGGAUAUAUUGUGGUGCUGUUCACAUUCUUUUCUCUUGAUUUUGUUGUAAUAUGCAAUUGUGGAAUUUUUUUACCAGUAUAGGAAAUAUCUGCCUACCUCUUCAUAUUUUGCUGUGUGUGGAUGUACAUGUGUGUGUGAGAGAGAGUGAGAGAUUUAUAUGUAUAGCAGCUAAAGGCUAAAUAGAAAUUUGCCACUCUUCUUAUUUGCAGUGGCUUCUGCUGCUAUUGAAACCAUUAUUUUGCUUCUACGAAAGAGUUUUUUGUGAUAUUUUAUCGUGCCAUUAAACUAUAAAAAUAGUUCAGUAUUUUCAAAAGUUAAUGCUUUUAGAACAUUCUGUAGUUACUGCUUAUGAAGAUCCUUUUGAGAUGGCAUACAUUCUGGCCAUUGAUGUAAAUAUGACCAUGCUGACUAAAAGUCUUUGCGUUUUUACUUUCCCACAGCACAAUGGUAUAAAAGUAUUUUUUAAUACUCUUCAGUGGAGUGAACUGAUGUGAAGAGACAUUAUUUUGACCACAUCCUUAUAAUAUUGUUGUAAAAGUGUUCUGAUGCAACACUGAGGUUCUGAGGCUGAUGGUGGCAAGUGAUGUCUGUGUUUCGUAUGUAUUUAAUCUAAUAUUUCAUUUAUACAUUUAACAAUGGGACAAGUUUUUCUUUGGUAUUUUCACUUGACAGUUUUCUUGCAUGUGUAAUCGUUAUAUUUUAAAAGUUUAGAAGCAUCAACCGUAGGUAAUUAAAAUGUGAAUCAUGUUUCGGGUUAUCAUGGUUUAUUGAAUGAUAAAAGUAGAAAGGGUGUUUAAAAUAUCAGUUGAUCAAUCAGUGUUGUGCAGGAAGCCGACUUUCACAGUGGAGUGGCCAAACAUUUUUAUCUUUGUUACUGCAGAAGAUCACGCAAUUAAGGGAAUACUUAGUCCUCUUCGUUCAUAGGUAGUACCUAAGGCAUUCUUUAGAGACCUCCAUUUUUGUCUGUCAGCAGCAAGUUUAGCUAUGUUGUUCCAGGACAGUUUCUGGUUUGUUCUAUCCCUAGUGACCUUUGCCAUGUUUCUUUUGGUCAGCCGUAUUUCCUUUUGCCACCAGCUGUACAAUGAAGAGCUGUUUGGGUGCUUUCACAUCCCCUAACCAUUUCUAUCUCUUUUGGAUUAUGGUUGUCAUGUUUGUGCAGCUGGCUCUUGAAAGGAUUUCUUCGUGAGUAAUUAUGUUAGUCCUAUUUUUUAUGCAGUUGUGGUCAGAUUGUUAUAUCUUUUCCUGAGAAUCUUUGUGUUGGCUGGAUAGAGUAAUAAUGUCACCAGCAUAAGCUAAGUCUUCCUGUGCAGACGUAAGUGUCCAAUGGAUUCCUUGUUUUCUUGUCUUCUGUUGUUUCAUAAGCCAGUCCAUGGCCAGUGUAAAAAGGAAUGGUGAGAGAAUGCAUCUCUUCACCAGUAGUAAUGUUGAAAUUGUAAGCUUGCUGUUGCUACAAACCACCAGGAAAUGAAAAUCUGUAUGUAGGGCUUUUAUUACAUUUACUAUUUUCUGUGAUAUUCCAUAGUGCAUGAUUUUCCAUAAUGAUUCACGGUGUAUGCUGUCAAAUGCUAUCUCAUAGCAAGGGAAUACACACAUACACAAAGGUAAAAUUUAAUGGCAAUACUUUGGCUGUCAUUAACAAGUGACAGACCAAGUGCAACAGUUGAUGUAGAAAGUAGCUGGUCUUUAAUAUCUGAAGCCCAGUGAUAUCUAGGAGAUGGAUUGGUAGAGUCAGUACUGUGGAGCUCAAAUUACAUUUAGUUUCAACAUUGGGUUGAACAAUGAUUGAAACUAGAAUUUAAAAUAAAAACAUACAUUAACUCAACAAAUUGUCACUUAAUAACAACACAGUUGAGUAUUGUAACAAUUUCUUGGUACCAAAGACAUCUAUUUUCAUAUACUUUGUGGACAAAGGUGAUCUUAUAAGGGAAAGUGAGCAUCGUUUCUUUCAAAAGCUCAGAAAUACCUGGACUUAAUUGAAGUUGCUAAAGUGAGUUUAUUACUAAUGUGUUAUGUAAUAAAAAUGAUAACCCUGUUGUUAUUAUUAUGCAUUAUUAACUUCCAAAAAGAUGUGAUAUGAAAAAAAUAUUAGUGAGGUUGAAGAUGUUGACAAUGAAAGUGAUGUAAACAAAUUUUGGGAUAUUGAUGUUGAUAUUUGAUUAUUAGUGUGCCAACUUGUCAGUGGAAGUUUUUAACAUACUUUUUCACUAUGUAACAUUUCAUUAACUAUAUAAUAGUUCAUAUAAAGCUUUACAGAGGCACAUUUUUAAAAAUUUGUUUAAUCUAGUCCAGACUCAAACAACUUUGCAUGUUUUGUAUGCACUUGGAGAAAGAGAGAUGUCCAUGAACUAAUACUCAAAUCAUUGCUGUAACCAUACAUAAACUGUUUUAAGGACAGCAAAAUGAAAACAUUAAACAAACAGAAUAAUUCCAGUCAGUGGAAAACAAACACCAAUGAAUAUUUAAUCCAUUUACUUUAGAUGGACUAGUUAACCAGUUUUACUGUAGCAACAAAUGCAGAAUACAAGGUGAUAAAGCUGUGCUUGCAUAGCCAUAUUCUUUAUUUUGAGUGUUUUUAUCUGUCCGGCCCAUUCACUGAGGGCAUUAUGAACUUGAAGAUAUAGCUUGGCAAUCUGCCUGAAAGAUCCUUUACCCUGUGGAUUUUUCAUUUGGGAAAAAGUUUUCUGCCAGAAGAGUUUUUUUAUUGGUGCAAAGUAAAUACUGUAUAACACAUGAAAAUGUCUAUUAGCAUUGCAUUUGUAUGAAGUAAAGAAAUAUGUCAGUGUUAUCAAGAACAUAAAUCACUCUAGAUAAUUAUUAUGAAUAUUUCAGGACCAUUCUCACUACUGUAGGGUGUUUUAGGAUUAUUUUAACUCAUUCAGUACAGGUGUGUCAGUUGAGCUGUAGCUAUGAAGACAUUCACCUCUGUGGGUGCAAAGUGUAUGGGAAGAGUUAACUUUAUUUGGCUUGUGUGUUACAAGUAUGCUGAUAUUGCAGCUUAGAUCUUGUGGCGUAUCUUUGCCAUUUACUGACGUGUCCUCUUAUUCUGCCUCCCUUUUACACUGUCAGUUUGUCAUUUUGUGCUUGUUUGAUGCGCCUGUUUAACAACUCAAGUUCUUGUUGAUUGAACAAAAGUUAACAGAUGGACUCACACACACACACAUACAUACACAUACACACACAUACACUCCUACAUGUGAAGACAGAUACUUGUGAGUAGUUGUCAGGUCUUUCCUGCCAGUUGUAGUUGUGUUGUCACUGAAACUCACAUUUCAUUUUCAUGUUAAUGGUCUUGGCUGUGCUACACUAAGGACAAAUACUGAGAUAUCUCUGGAAGGAAAUAUGCUGUGUUCAUUGGACUGUCUUAUUACUGAGUCAGUAAAAUAUUAUCUUGUACUUUAUGACAUGGAAGUGCCUUCGGUGACUUGCAGCAUUUUUGUUGAAGAUACACAUCACCAACUCCUGUGCACAAAGAAUAAAUAUAUUUUUAUGUGCAAAUUUUGCAGCAAGGCCAGAUGUGUUGAAUAAUAUUUAUGUGUCAUUAGAACAAAGAUGUCAAUCUCUUGUGGAGCUUGUAUGUAAUAAACCACAGGUACUGUUUACAACAGCAUUGAGUGACCAGUUUAUAGCCUCUUGUUAGCUUGAAUGGGUUAAUGCUUACACAAUGCUAUUGAAGUAGAUGUUACUGUAUUAUGUCAUCAUGCACAUUCAUAGAGAGCAUCCUUAUCAGGAAUGUAUAGGCUUUGGAUGGUCCAUUUUUUCUUGCAGAGAGUGUUGUGUCUAUGAAGUUUGGCAUUGUUUUAUUUGAGGUUUUAAUGGUUUUAUUUGAUUUUUAUUCAUCAGCAAUUCUUGAAUUAAAUGACAUCUCCACCAGCAGCCUGUGGAAUUUUGGUUGAUGUCUCCACCAUCUUUAUGUAGGAAUAUCGCUUCAAGUCAUGUGUUCUUUUCAGAGAAUGGAUCUCAGAAAAAAAAGAGAAUAGAUAACAAUGCUGUUGGUGACA